CGCUUCCGCACCGGCGCAGAAGUGCAACCACAAUGGCGAAAGCUGCGGAGAGGCCCGGCAGCGCGGGGAAGAAAAACCUGAAAAGGAAGGCUCCUACGGAAGAGCCGGGGGAGACUACGGCCGCCGGGGAUGGGGCGACGGAAAGCGGGGGCCAGCCCCCGAAGGCGGCGGCGUUCCCCGCAAGUUUCAGCAUUUCCGAGAUUAAGAACAAGCAGCGGCGGCACUUGAUGUUCACGCGGUGGAAGCAGCAGCAGCGCAAGGAGAAGUUGGCAGCCAAGAAAAAACUUAAGAAACAGAGAGAGGCUCUUGGUGAUAAGGCUCCGCCAAAACCUGUGCCCAAGACCAUUGAGAACCAACGUGUGCAUGAUGAAACCGUAGUGGACCCUAAUGAUGAAGAGGUUGCUUAUGAUGAAGCUACAGAUGAAUUUGCCUCUUACUUCAACAGACAAACUUCUCCCAAGAUUCUCAUCACAACGUCAGACAGACCUCAUGGGAGAACGGUAAAACUUUGUGAACAACUCUCCACAGUAAUACCAAACUCACAUGUUUAUUACAGAAGAGGACUGGCCCUGAAAAAAAUUAUUCCACAGUGCAUCUCAAGAGAUUUUACAGAUCUGAUUGUCAUUAAUGAAGAUCGUAAAACACCAAAUGGACUUAUUUUGAGUCACUUACCAAAUGGUCCAACUGCUCAUUUUAAAGUGAGCAGUGUUCGUCUUCGCAAAGAAAUUAAGAGAAGAGGCAAGGACCCCACAGAACACAAACCUGAAAUAAUCUUGAAUAAUUUUACAACACGGCUUGGUCAUUCUAUUGGACGCAUGUUUGCUUCUCUCUUUCCCCAUAAUCCUCAGUUUAUUGGAAGGCAGGUUGCUACAUUCCAUAAUCAACGAGAUUAUAUCUUCUUCAGAUUUCACAGGUACAUAUUCAAAAGUGAAAAGAAAGUAGGAAUUCAGGAACUUGGACCACGUUUUACCUUAAAAUUAAGAUCUCUUCAGAAAGGAACCUUUGAUUCUAAAUAUGGAGAAUAUGAAUGGGUACAUAAGCCCCGGGAAAUGGAUACAAGUAGAAGAAAAUUUCACUUAUAAAGUAUUGAAGGGAUAACAUUGGAUUUUGUUGAACAGGCCUGUCUUGAACUUGGUAAAUUAUUUUUGAUGGAACACUGCUUUUCAAAAUGGUAUUUACUGAUUUCAUAAACUUCAUGUCUGGACAAAAAUGA